AGAGGUAAUCAUGUGACAAGUAAUACGGUCCAAUUUCAACGGUGUCUCCAUGAAAGCAAUAUAGUUUAAUGGCAACGCUGUCCCCAUACGGCCGUAAUCAGCAACAUUGUUGGAAAACACUUGUCACGAAAUUUCAUAAUUUUCUCCUCGCCCACAAAAUUACGAGCGGUGACUUUUCCAAGACAAGAAGAUAGGAGAUGAAUUACGAAUUUGAGCGAGAGAGCGGUUUUAUCAAUAGUCAGCCGUCGCUUGCGGAGUGCCUGACAUCUUUUACCCCUGUCGGUGAUGCAUUUCAAAGUUCAUCAAUCAAGAACUCGACGCUUUCACAGUCGACACUGAUUCCUCCUCCUUUUGAGCAGACCAUUCCCAGCCUCCACCCGGGCAGCCACCCACGCCACAGCCGGUCAAAGCAGAAUCUGAAUGGAGUCUGUAGCCCUCUGCCAGCCGCAUCCCUACCCCCGGAGUACCCUUGGAUGAAGGAGAAGAAAGCCUCCAAGAAAAACCACCAGACUCCUGCCACAGCUACAACUCCCGACACUGCGCCACUUCACUUCUCUCCCCAAGGGUCGCCAGAGAUUGCAGAGAGCGGUGGCGGGGGAUCUCGGAGGCUGAGGACAGCGUACACCAACACCCAGCUAUUGGAGUUGGAGAAGGAGUUUCACUUCAACAAGUAUCUGUGCAGACCCCGGCGGGUGGAGAUAGCCGCUUUACUGAAUUUAACUGAGAGGCAGGUGAAAGUCUGGUUCCAGAACCGCAGGAUGAAGCACAAGAGACAAACCCACUGCAAGGAGAACCAGAACGGCGAGGGGACAUUCACUAGUCUGGAGGACGGGAGAGAGGAGGACUUCGAACAGGCUGGUAACAAUGUAGGCCUACCCGCCGGCGCGCUUCUGGAGAGGGGAAGCUGCUCUGUUCACCAGAAUACCUUAACUUCACAACAACAGUCUCAGAAUGCACACAAUCACAAUGGAGAUUCCCAAAGCUCAACUGCUUCGCCUUUAAACAGCGAUGACAAAAAUCUGAAACAUUUUCCUAACCCGGCACCCACUGUUCCUAUAUGCGUGUCAACAAUAGGCCCGGACUGCGCAUCUGGCGGGGACAAUGCCCAUUCCCCGGCCCUGGACGUCUCUUUGCAGGACUUUCACGUUUUCUCAUCGGAUUCCUUCUCUCCAAGUUUGUCAGAUUCUAUAGAUAGUCCAAUGGGUUUAUCAUCUGAAGGUUUCGAUUUUUUCUCAGAAACGCUUACAACAAUCGACCUGCAACACUUGAGCUACUAACUAUUCUAAAAGAGAAAACAACUCAAACAUCUUAGUUUAGGAAGAGCUUCCUAUCUUCCAUGUCCUUACAAAUAACUGGCUUCCGUUUUUAUUUUGAUGUAAUUGCCUAAUUAAUUAAUACAUGGCUCCAAUGAGGUAAGUUUGAAAACAAUAAAUUCAUCAAUUGUAUAGUUUUUUUUAAAGAUGCCAAUAUUAUGCCUCCAAAUAAUAAUAUACAACAUCUUUUCAUUUUAGUAUCAUUUUCAGGUACAAUAAUGUUAUAAAUAGCCUAUUUUCUUAGAAUAAAACUGUGCUUAUUUACGAGAGAUACUCAUCAUCAUGUCCUUUACUAUUUUCCAUUCACUUGAACGUUUGUUUCCAUUACUUAAACAAUUUGGUUUUAAUUUAGCAUGCAAUGGGUCUGAAAAUAAUUGUCUCAAUAUUCUUAGAAUAUUCUUAGAUUUGAGACAUAUUCUUACAAAGAAUAUUGUUUCAACAAGUGAUCUUUUUAUGAUGAAAUCUUUCAUUCAGAAUGGCAGGCAAAACUCUUCCUCCUGAAAUAUAUCAAGUGGUUUUAAAUGGACAAUAGUGAGCGGAUUUUAUCAUCUCAUAAACGGAAAUCACAAAUAUAAACUACUGAACCGACACUGCGAUAAUUUCCAAACAUAAUUUCACCCCAAAACAAUAAAAUAACAGACUUAGAAUACUUCCAAUAAUAAUAGGCUACUUCUAAUGAAGUUACAAUAAAUAUUUUCCAACUGUAGCUUGUUUUGCUCUUGAAUAUUUUCCCUGGAAAGUAGCGAUGAUUGAAUUAGCCAUAGGCUAUGGACUAGAGCUGUUGAAUGAGACAUAGAUUACAUUGUUUCUGAGUCCAUAAAUCACAGUAGUUUAUGAUUGAGGACGUCAUUAAAGAGAUUAAUUGCCGUAGUACAUGCGCAAAUAAAAACAAUCUUCCUAUUGGGGGAUACCGGGAGUCCUCGGCCAAAAGCUGUAACUUUGUUGACGUUCUACAAUUACAUUUUAUAGCCUAUAAAACUUACAUCUUGGGGAGGAGGGGGAGUAUAGCCUACUACUUCACACUACGUAAUUCAAUCCGCUGUUCAAAGAGAUUCAUGUUUUUUGCCUCUUUAAAUCUUUAUUUCUUUAUUUUUACAGUAUUUAAACUAAACAAUUAGUGUCGACUACGUAGUUAUUAUUUCCCAACUAAACCCAGUCUGUUAAUUGACUAGGCUAUAUGUUUGCAAUUAACAUAUUAUAAUAUUACUAAAUAGACUAGGAAUAAUGUGCACUUGCUGAACGGGUAAAUUAAAUCCAUGGCACUGUUUAUUAUGAUUAUAUUUAAUAUAUGGAAACGUAUUAUGAUCACUUUUCAGACUAUUUUGGUUGAAUAUUUUAACACAAUUCGUUGAUUACAAUACGACAUGCUGUAAUCCUAGCCUAGUCUACCAUGUCAAUGGUAAAUCACUGCUCAGAUAGGAUGCUCUAAAUCUGAUAGUUCCUCUACAAAUCGGUAUAGGCCUAGUGAAUAAAAUAUAAGAUAGGGAUAUCCAAUUAAGGGUACAAAAGACUAUUUUCUUUCACAAUGAUUAGGCCCUGUAUCACAACACCAGACGCACUAACAAUGGCAUAGUGUGCUAGGCUACGCUAGACUAGAGCGUGCUUAUUUUAGUGGGCCUGCGGAUAGGGGGAUACGGUCAGACCACCGCCAUUUUCUACGACUACACCAUCGAACGGUCAGCAUGCUGUCUGACGCUAGUUAUUAGCUGUCUUUCAAACAAUAGUAUGCAAAUACAUUGUUUUUUAAAAAAAAUCUAAUUUACGACAAAUUCCGUUCUUUAAUGUAGGAUUAUAUUGAACAAAUGUGACAGAAACAUGUUUAAGAAAAUACAUUUGGUCGGGGAUGGACUAUAAAUGUAGCCUAGUAGCCUGUAGCCUUCUGCCAUACAAUCUAUAGUAGGUCCUUUUAAACUAAAUAUGCAUUAUUGAGAGUAAAAUCGAAAAAUGUAGUCUAUGAAACAAUUGAAAUUAAAUUAUAAUCUCUAUAAAUCUAAUCUGAAGAGUGCAACAAAUCAUGCUCUUGUAGUCUUGUCACAAAAAUUCACAAAGGUAGACAAGUAAUAACUAAGAUUAUCUGGCUGAUAUGACAAUGAUACAUUUAUUGGGUUGAAUCCAUUGAAUCUCACCCAAAAAGUGCAUUAUUCCUUUCCCAAACGGCAACCUAUUCCCUACACUGUAAAACCGGAUACAUUCUGGCUACUCAAACAUUUAGAAGAAACAAUUACCUAAAAACUUAAAUAGCUGAAGUGAGCAGUACUACCUUCCUAUGAGUAAUAAAAAUGCAUUUCUUUUGAGUAAGGUAUACUUAAAUUUAACGCCACCAUUAAGCCACGCCUCCAAGAAUUUCUCAGUGUGCCUCGCCUUUUCGAUUGAAUUGAAGAGUUACCACCCACGACUGUAUUUGUUAGUGACAGAGACAUCGUUGUAGAAUUUGUUCAAUUUCAGUCCGAGGGCAUUCACUAAGUGUGUUCUUAGGGGAACAUUAUAAUUGAACCAUUACAUAUAUCAAAAGGCCUCAUACAGUGGCCUGAAACUCAUAGUUUACAGGCCACAUCGGGCCUGCAAGUAGGGUUGUAAAAUUCCUUACAUUUUUCCAGUAAUCUUCCAACCAGGAUUUCUGGUAAACCUAGGAAAUUCACCAGAAUUUUGCAACCCUUACUGUCAAUCAUAUUAUACUGGCUUGCAAAGUGAUGUGUAAUUCCUAUUGGAAUCUAGCCAGCAUUAGGCUAUCCAACAGUUGAAAUGUGUAUUCACUUGCAACCUACAUUCAUAAUGACUGCCAGUGGGAGCCAUUUAAACUGGAACAAUUUCAGUAAGGGGUGCAAAAAUCCAAUGAUUGGACUAGUUUAGAAAACAAUUAUUUAUCUUUGAUUUAUUAAAUGUUAUGAUACACAAUCACUGAGUGUACAUUCAAAAACACAAAUCAAAUGAAAAAAAAAUCCACCUGCAGUAGAGCAUGCUGGUAAAUUUUUUAAUUUGUUAUCAUAUAUCUUACAAAUAUUUAGUUGGUGUGACUUCUCAUUUAGUUGAGUCAGUACCACAUCAAUAUUUUAAGUAAUAAUGACUAGUCAUUGACUUUGAGUACAACUUACUAGAAGUAUUUGAGGUAAAAAUGCCAUCGACUUUACAGUGUAUCUAGUGCACUACUGUUUUUUACCAGGGCCCUAUAUCUCAUGUGAUUAUUCAUAGUUUUGCUCAUGUCAACUCCACUAUGAUGUACUACUGUACCCCAGUCCUGUCUGUCCAUAACUCCAUGAUUAGUUUGUCCACAACACUGAAGGGGGACACAGGUGGUGAACUAUCAUUAUGUGAGUUGUGACAGGAGAGAUUUGAAGUUAAAUGGUAAAAAAAUCCUGAGCCGUUUCAAAACACCACCCGAGUAGGUUAAUCCCUGUAAGCCGAGGAGGCAGUCAGUCACUUUCAAGCUUUGCUUUUGACUUGAAACAAACUGUAAAUGUAACACCUCUGAAACCUCAGCCCAAUGCCCCUGCAGGGCCAAUGAAAGUCAGUCUGAGGAACAAUCAACAGAGCUUGGAUCAAGACCUGACUGUGUGCUCCCAAACUCACAGUAGAACUUUCCCUUCAAGUUGCCCUUAUGCCUAUGUACCUGCACAGUAAUAACUGUAGUAACAACAUUGUAGAUGGACCUGGGUUCAAGUAGUAUUUGUUUUUCUUUCAAAGUGCUUCUCUGGCUCAAUGGAACCAAUGGUAUAGUCCCAGAAGUGUAAACCUUGCCCAUCUGACACUCACUGCCGGGAUAGGAUCCCUCACUGCCGGGAUAGGCUCAAAGUGUUUGGGAAAAAACGAAUACUCUAUGAACCCAGGGCUGAUUUAGGGCUACCUGGAAGCAGUCCGCCAGCUGCUGUAGCCCUGCCAUAUACUUUCUGUUCUCAAUUUUGCAUCCAAAUUUAAGUAUUGUCUUUUCACCAAAAUGCUGUUGUUGACACAUGCGAACCCACACACGUACACAUACGUUCCUUUUCUGGUGCCAAUCAACCAAUGUCAGAAGGUAAAACAUUGGUAACUGACCUAAUUCAGGACCUGAAACCAGAUGAAAAACACAGUGAGCAGCGAGUGCAGUGCAUUGUGGGAGAGGAGAUCCGACACCGUUCAGCUCUCUCCCUGAAGAGGUCAAAGGUCAGGCCACCUCUCAUCUCCCUCACCACACAGGACGGAACCCCUGGUAGGUCAGCUGGGGGUCAACAGUGUGGUCCUAUCUGCUGCUCAGGUAAAGGUCAACAGGAAUGGAGGAUGUUUGAAUAUUGGUACAUUCUUACA